CUGCACGCCAAGCACAGGCGACCACACACUUUGGGUACCGUGUGUGACGGUUGUAGCUCUGUGUCGCGUGUAUUCUCAAAGUAUGGACGAGGAUAUUGACCUUUCGUUCGAUGCCGGCCUCGAUGAUGUCGACAACCUCAUCGCAGACGUCGAGCUCUCCGACUCGGACCAGGUGCUAGAUGACGUGGAUCUCGACGAUCUGGAUGAUCUCGGACUUGACGAUGUCGAUCUUGGUGGCGGCAGCGACGAUCUCGGUCUGGGUGGCAGCGACGACCUUGGGCUGGGCGACAGCGACGACCUUGGGCUGGGCGACAGUGACGACCUUGGGCUGGGUGGUAGUGACGACCUGGGGCUGGGCGACAGCGAUGAUUUCGACCUUGGCGAUGGGAGCGACGACUUUGAUCUGGGCUCGGAUGAGCCAGACGUUGGCGACGAUGACGAGUUUGCCGAUCUCGAUCUCGGUUCUGGCGACCUCGAGGUCGAUGACGACGAUGCCGAGAUGGAGGCACUUCUUCGCGAGGCUGAGGCUGCUGUGGACCUUGACGAUGCGGAGGAAGAAAGGAAUUUGGAGCCAGAGCCUGUUGCCGAUCCCGUGGCCGAAGUUGAGCCCGUGGCCGAGGUCGAGCCCGAGCCUGUGGCCGAGUCCGAGCCCGUGGCCGAGCCCGAGCCUGUGGCCGAGCCCGUGGCCGAAGUUGAGCCCGAGCCUGUGGCCGAGCCCGAGCCUGUGGCCGAUCCCGAGCCUGUGGCCGAUCCCGAGCCCGUGGCCGAGCCCGAGCCUGUGGCCGAGCCCGAGCCUGUGGCCGAGCCCGAGCCCGUGGCCGAGCCCGAGCCUGUGGCCGAAGUUGAGCCCAUGGCCGAGCCCGAGCCCGUGGCCGAAGUUGAGCCCGUGGCCGAGCCCGAGCCUGUGGCCGAACCCGAGCCCGAGCCUGUGGCCGAACCCGAGCCUGAACCCGCAGUGUCUGCCAAUGACUACGGUGUUGCGGACGUGGAUGAGGCAUUUGACGCUGAUGCUAAUCAAGAGUCUGAUAUGGUGGCUGAUCCUGAUCUCGAUUCCAUCGACCUCAACGAGCCCGCUGUUGGCAACAACGCCACAUCCAUCGACCUCGACGGCAACAAUGCCGAUCCCACCAACUUUGACAUCCUUAACGAUACCGAGCUCGAUAGUGGCGCAUCUGCAAAGUGCAACAACGAGACCCACCCCCCCAUCACCGAAGACGAUGGCGAGCUCGUGAUUAACUUGCCGCGCAACUCGUCGUCCGCCGACUCACUCGAGCUGGAGGCGGCAACGAGCCCGACUCUCGCGCCGUCAGCGUCCGAAACCGCGAUCAACGAGGCUGCGGCUGCGGCGCUGGCCUCGUCGCCACCGCCCGACGCCAUGCCCGACCUUGUCGAACUCAACGCCGAGCUGGACAACAUUCUCUCACCGGAGCGUCACGUCGACACGCCGUCGCGCGCUCGCCCCAUCCGGCCCAAGCCAAAAACCACUUUUGUCGAGCUCCAGCCGCACCGCACCCUCUCCAAGGAGCAGUGGGAGGAGAAGGUUCGCCGUGACCGUGAGUUUGAAGAGACCAAGCGUAUCAAUCGCGAGGCACGCAUCCAGGCCGAGCGUGAUGCUAUCGGCAAGGCGCCCGCCAUGAAGCGCACAGCCUCGGCGCGCAAGUACGAGGAGAAGCUCGCGCGCGAGUCGUUUUUGGAGCGGACGCAAAAGGCCGAGGCCCGUCGCCGCCGCCGACAGCAGGAACUCAUCGCUGCCGCCGCCAUCGAAGGCAAGCCGGUGCUCUCCUCCGGCACUCGUGCCAUCCUGCAGCAGUCAGCCGACGAGCGCACGUUCCAGGACCGUGUCCGCGACGCCGUCAUUGCCCGUAAGGCCUCGCGCAACGCCCCGCCACCAGAGGUUGAGCCGCCCACCCCGGCUCUCUCCUCCGGCUCCAAGCGCAUUCUCAAGCAGUCGACCUACGCGCGCCCGUUUAUGGAGCGUCUCGAGGAUGAUCUCGAGCGCCGCAAGGCCCGCCAGGCAACGACCGAGGCCGCGCUUCCGAAGCCGCGUCCUCUUGUCCCGUCGGGCCGCCCAUCCAAAGUCCCACGCAAGGGCCGCGCACCCAUCUCGGAGCUGCCGUUUACUCAGCGGAUGAAGCUUGCGCAGCAGCGCAAGGCCGAGCGCCUCCGUCGCAUCAAGGAGGACGCCGACGCCGCGUGCACAUUCAAGCCGAAAAUCUCGUCCAAAUCGAAGCGUCUCUCCAAGCUCAACACUCAAGACGUCCCGGUCUUUGAGCGCAUGCAGAUUGCGGCUGAAGAGCGAAAGCUCAAGCUGCUCGAAAACGAAGCCAAGGCCGACGCGAUCAAGCGCGCCGCCGAGCUCCUCGAGCUUCAGCAGUGCACCUUCAAGCCGAACAUCACCGCCCACGCCGCGGCCAUGGACUCGUCGUUUGAGCUCGGCGUCGACGCAUACAUCGCCAAACGCAACGAGGAGCGCGAGUGGGCCCGCCAGUUUGCGGAGCGCCAGUUCACCUUUCAGCCGCAGCUCGAGCGUGCUCGCCACGAGUACGACGCCACCCGCAACGUCGAGGCCGCCCACGACCACGCACAUCACCACGCGUCGCCCAAAGGACUCUCCCCUCUUGCCCGCGGAAAGGGUGGGUCGUCGGCAUCUGCCUCACCGGCGUCGAGCUGGAACAUUGCCGGGGGCGCCUCGCCGUCAAAGCGCAGGCCCAGGCCUGCGCCUGCGGCUGCACGCCCUUCGCCGCGCAACAAGCGCCAGGCGCCACGUCAGGCUCGCCGCAACCCCGGCCUUGCCUCCACCCGUCGCCCGCCCAAGUCGGCCCAGCCCGGCCCUCGUGCCGAGCGUGCUUCCUCGCCGGGCAUCGACGAGUCGGCGCUCUCGCUGCCGCCGCUCGACGAGUCGAUGGGCGGGCCCGAGACCCAGGCGCCGCCGGCGUCAAAGGCGGCAACGCGGUUCAGCUCGGCUGGGUCUAGUGAUGACACUCCUCCGCCUCAGACUGCCAAGCCUGUUGCCGCCCCGCCUGCCGACGGCGCCAUCCUCCGCAAGGCCUCCAAGCUCCGGACGAGGCCCUGGGUCUACCGCUAUCCGUUGCAGUCGGGCGGGUGGGUUUUUGUCGACGCCGCAACGCUCAAGCACUCGCGCCGCAAGCCCGGUCCGUCCGCCGUGGUUGUCCGGCGCGACGAUGCAACUCGUGACGAUCCGUAUUGGCACGAGGCGUGGGAUGCGGCCGCGGCUGCGCCGUUCUACGUCGAUCCACUCUCUGGCGCCGAGCGCGAGAGCCGCCCAGACUCGUCGCGAAUUGUCUCCAUGCACCAGUACUACACCCUCAACCACGACAAGAAGAAGGGCGCCAACUACUACUACAACCCGAUCACCGGUCAGCUGUCGUGGAACACCCUUCCGCCGGGUGCGCGUCUCAUCGACCCGGACACCCCAGUCUACUACGUGUACGAGGGCGAGCUCGGCUCCGAACACACCUACUUUGAGCCACUCAAGCAAGAGUCGAGCUGGAAGGCCCCGCCAGAGUCGGCGCUCUGCAUUCCAGCUUCCCCCGACUGGCUCUUUGCCUACCCGUCGAAGAACAAGAAGAAGACGUUUUACUACAAUCCAGUGACGAUGAAGGCCACAUCACGGACACCCGAGGACGACGCGGUGGUCAUCGCUGUUCCGCGCAAGCCACACAAGAUCCACCGCGCGCCACCGGGUGUCGACAAGCCGUCACCGGACGCGUCGCCGGCUCCAGCUCCGCUUCCGUCGCCAGAUGCAUCGCCGGUUCCGCCGGCCAGUGCACCCGCCAGCCCGCCAAUCAGCCCGCCGACGACCGCCACCAAGCGGAUCAAGCAUCGGAUGCGGGUCAAGACCAAGGUCUCGCCGUCGCCGGCCAAGCUCGCAAGCGCCAAGGCUGCCGCCGAGCUCGCCGCGCGCGAGCUGGCUGCCCGCGAGCCGAGCCCGCCGCCGCCGCCGCUUGACGCGCUGUACUACGCCUUUGACCUUGGCGACAAGACGCUGUACUUUAACCGCGAGCGCAUGGCGUCGGCAUACGCACUGCCGGACGACGCCACCGAGGUUGUGGAGGACAUCACCUCAGAAUGGUGGUUCGAGUACGAGUCGCAUCCGCCGUCGACCGAGCUCUCGUUUGAGCACGGCGAGCCGGCCGACCUUGCGCCGCCGCUCAAGUUUUACUACAACCCGGUGACUGGCGAGCGCCGUGAGGAGCACCCGCCGCCGGGCACGACCGUGGUCCUCGCUGACCACUCGCGGGUGGAGACGACUGUGUACGACAUCGAGUACGAGGCCGCGGCCGCCCGACGUGCAGCUGAACAGUCGGCUAUCGAGGCCGACCUCGCCGCGCACUGUCAGGACAACAACAUGGCGCUCUCGCCGCUGCAGUCGGCCAUUGAUGCCGGCUACGCAGGAUAUGCCGCCGCCGCUGACGCGCUCACGCGUGAGCUCGAUGCGUCGUCGGCUGCGCGAGUCGCGUCGGUCGACGCCAUCGUGCGCCGGUCGUCGCCAGCCGCCGCUGCAGCUGCUGGCGAUGACGGACUCUCGGCGCUUGAGCGCGAGAUCAACGCGUCGGCGCGGGCGCGACUUUCGGCACUCCGCGAGCCCGCGCGCCACAUAGGGGCUCUUGCGGGCCCGCGGGCGUUUGCACUCGACUCUCGCGAGGCGCUUGGAGCCGCAGUCACCUCGACCCGUUGGUUCUACCGCUUGCCCGAUGCUGCGGCUCCGGGCUCGUUUGUCUUUGUCAACCCGUACACGCUCAACUCCGACACGUCUGCGGCUGUCUUCCGGGGCACCGAGCCGCCUGCCGCUCUCCGCGCCGCAGUUAUCGAUGUGACGCCGGCGCUUGCGGCGCGAGUCUUCUUUGAGUUGUGGGACGCAUCGACCAAGGCGCCGAUGUACAUUGCUGGUGCGCGGCCGGACACGCUGCUGCCGGCGUCAGCCGUUGCUGCCUGUAAUGCGCCGGUGGUCAUCAACUGGCACACCUACGUCUACUCGGGCUACGACGACCUCUCGACGGCGGCGCUCUCAUCGCUGUCGUUCUUUGAGCCGCUGACUGGCCGGCAGUUUGUGGGCCAGUCGGCGCAGCCUGCGUUUACCUGCUCUGUCGCCGACCAUCCGAACGUGUGGUAUGUGGUCCGGGAUGGGCAACACCCGCAGUACUACAACCCGGUGCUUGGCCAUUGCACUUGGCUGGCGCCGAGUGAGCCUGUCGACGAUGCAACGCCGAUUUUGGUCGAGCUCGGAUCGCGCGAGGUGUGGUUCGAGUAUGACAUGUCGCUCGAGGCCGAGAUCGGGCACGUCUUUGUGGCGCCGCUCGGGACCGGGCCGACCCGCUUUGCCUACGACAAACCGGCGGGCAGAGUCGAGUCCGACUCGCCGCCGGCCUCGCUCGACGCGCUCAUGGCGACGCCGCUGGUCAUUCCAGCACCGUCGGACAACUCGCCGGCAUACUGGAGCGCCAAGCGGUCGGCGAGCUCGGCAUUUUACAAGGCAUCUGCUGCGAGUGGACGGCAUUCGCCGUCGCGCCGCGCCGGGCCGAGCCCGACCGCGGCGUUUGUGUCGAGCGCAAGCUCGUGGUACGAGUAUGCUGCGCCGGCCGGUGACGGGCGCACCAUGUACUUUCAGCCGUGCUCAGGUGUGUGGUCGUGGGACGGUCCGCCGGUCGGUGGGCAUGUCGUGCAAGAGUCGGACGCGUCGUGGUGGUUCGAGUACUCGGCGCGCGCCAGUGGGGCGACGGCAGUGUACUUUAAUCCUGCGAUGGUGGCCUGGGAGUCGGCGGUGCCGGCGUCGGCGACUGCGGUGGUUGAUGCAGCGGGAAGUGUCGCGCACGCGCCCGGACGGGCACCUGCCACAGCCCGCGCGCCAGCAGCAGACAGCAAGCUUGAGGCCGAGUACGCGUCGUUUGCAGCCGAGCGCGAAGCGGCCCAGGCGGCACUCGAGGCCGAAAUUGGCGCUGGCGUGGGUCGGCAGGGCACGGACGCGCUGGCGGCAGACCUCGAUGCGAUGACCGCGCACGACUCGGCGGCCAAGUCUGCGAUCGAGUUGGAGCUCGACGCGAUGCUGGCGGAGCAGCUGGGGAGCGGGGAGGUUGAGUUUGGCGGCGACGAUGCGGCGACUCGCGAGCUCGAGCAGCAGCUCGACUCGGUGCUCUCGCAGCGAAUGUCGGAGUUGAACGACCUCGACGCGUCAGCCGAGUCGCCGCACUCGGCGCCGCACCGGCGGAUUGUGUUUUCGCCGGCGUCGCGGAGCCCGGUGCGGCGGGCGGCGCCGCCGCCGAGCACUGACAACGAGAAUCUCGCGCGCAAGUUGGAGAACGAGCUCGCGGGUGAUGGUGUGCCCGAGCCAGAGCCCGAGUAUGAGUAUGGAUACGAGUACGAGUACGAGGAGGUGGAGGUGGAGGUGACACCGCCGACGCCGGCGCCGGCAGCGGCAGCUCCACAGCCGGACCCUGCGCUCGAGGUCACGGCCGCCGACCGGUACUCACCGGUACUGGCGGACCUCGACGAGUCGUCGGACGUCGACGACUCGCUGCUGGACCUGGAGUCGAUGGUGACGCCGGGCGAGGCAGUCGAAGAGCCGCUGAAGAAGGACGCGCCUCGCGGCAAGGACGCGUUUGUGCUCUCGGACUCGGACGACGACGGCAUGGGCAAGGGCAAGGCUGGUGGUGAGAGUCAAGGCGACGACGAUCUGCUCGAUCUUGGCGACGACCAUGACGACGAGGUGCUCGACCUCGAGGAAGAGUACCUCGAUGUGGUGCCUGAUGCUGCUGACGUGUUCGACGUGGAUCAUCAGCGUGAUCUCGACGCGCCGCUGGAUGCGGACGAAGAGCUCGACGCGCUUAUUGACGACGACAUCGACGCACUGCUUGCCGGCUCGGGCGAUGACGACCUGGGCAGCGUUCCUCAGACACCGCGGGACAAGGGCAAAGACGAGGCCGACGACGAGGACGCCCUGCUCGACGAGGUGCUCGCGGCGGAGGUCGAGACGUCUGCAGUCUCAGACACGGUGCUCCUAGACGACGGCGACGGGCGGCUGUUGGACGAGCACGACCUCGAUGCGCUACUCGACGACAUCGAGCUUGACGACGCGGACGAUGCGGUGCCGGGCGCUGGAGCGGACGCGGGCGACGACGACCUGGCCGAGUUUAUGGCGGCGGGCGUGCACGGGAACGCGUCGUUUGACGUGACGUCGUUCAUGGCGGCAGCUGACGGCGGACGCAACAACUCGGGUGGUGCGCUCAAGGUGGAAGACCUCUCCGCGCAGGCACGGACGCCGCCGCGGUCACCGGGCUCGGCGCGCACGAUCGAGAAGCUGCGGGCUGAGCGGACGCCGUCGCGGCGUGUUUCGUCGCCGGUCGCGGUGCUCUCGCCGUUCAAGCUCGAUCCUCUGCCGGACUUUGAGUCGUCGCUCCUCGCGUCGUCGAUGGGCGCGUCGGGGCAUGCGUUCAAGGUCGGCGACGUCGUGUCUGUCCGUGGCGAGGAGGGCACGGUCCGGUACAUCGGCGCCACCCACCGCCCGGGCAUCUGGGUCGGCAUCGAGCUCCACCAACCGGUAGGCUUUUCCAACGGCACCCUCCGCGGAGUCCACUACUUUGCCUGCCCUGAUCGGUGCGGCAAGUUCUGCAAGCCGUCAUCGCUAACCCUUGUCCGCUCUGCUGAUAACGGAUGAAAUGAAGAUGUGUAUUCUGA